AUGCUCAUCCUACGAGACACUGAUAUCUCUCCCAUCCUUCAGGGACUUACAGUUGAGGAUUGUCGACGGCUCCUCCACUGUCUGUGGAAGGCACUCGCGACUUAUUCCAAGGAGAAUUCAUACCCCGGGAGUCCUAAAUUGUUGCAUCAGCCCAUUCGCGAGACCAUAGUUACAAAUCUCCAACACACGACACUCUUUAUGCCUGCCUCGGACACCAACACUACAACAGGUAUCAAGGUUGUCACCCUUCCCGGAGGUGGUGGUACCGCCCAGGGGGCAAUUAAUAUAUUCUCGCCAAAGGGAGAACUACAGGGGCUUCUCAAUGCGCAGCAGAUUACUGCCUUCCGAACAGCGUUGGCGUCUAUGCUCCCACUCUUACACCACAGACUCCCAGAACGGGCGAGUAUUGUAAUUUUCGGUGCUGGAAAGCAGGCCGAAUGGCAUAUUAGACUGUCCUUACUAUUAUUAGCAGGGAAAAUAGUCACUGUUACCGUUGUGAGUCGAAGCCGGGAGACUCUGGAGACGUUCGACAACACACUGUUAGCAGAACUUCGAAACAAAUUUCCCCAGAUUACAUUUAGAACUAUUUCCAACGGGGAGCCGAAUUCUGACCUUCAGUUACGGAAUGUGCUUGCGGCAAGCGAUGCUAUCUUUUGUUGCACACCGUCCACCCAGCCACUGUUUCCUGAUGCAUAUCUACGAUACGGUAACGAAAUUGAGCAUAAGAUACGAUUUAUUUCCCUUAUUGGAUCAUACAAGCCGCAUAUGGAGGAGAUCGACUCUGCGACGCUGCUAUCGGGAACCAAGAUCCUAGUGGACUCGAAAGAAGCAUGUCUUGAGGAGGCCGGGGAGUUGAUCAACGCGAAGGUGCAGAAAAACCAGCUGGUAGAAGUGGGUGAAUUACCGUUCCCAUUCGAUGUGUCUGAUGGGACAGAGGUGCCACUUUGGAGGGGAAAUACGAUAUUCAAGUGUGUUGGGAUGGGCAUUAUGGACAUUGCUAUCAGCAGGGAAUUGCUCAGAGUAGCUAGCGGUAAAGGCAUUGGCAUCCAGAUUGAGUCAUUUUGA